AUGCGUACCUACGACGAUUCUUUCUCCGGCCAGAAGAUCUACCCUGGAAAGGGUAAGCUGUACGUCCGUGGCGACAGCAAGAUCUUCCGCUUCCAGAAUGGAAAGUCCGAGUCCCUCUUCCUCCAGCGCAAGAACCCUCGCCGUAUCGCCUGGACUGUCCUCUACCGUCGCCAGCACAAGAAGGGUAUCUCUGAAGAAGUUGCCAAGAAGCGUACCCGCCGUGCUGUCAAGCACCAGCGUGCCAUCGUCGGUGCCUCCCUCGACGUGAUCAAGGAGCGCCGCUCCCAGCGCCCCGAGGCCCGUGCCGCCGCCCGCCAGCAGGCCAUCAAGGACGCCAAGGAGAAGAAGGCUGCCUCCGAGGCCCGCAAGAAGGCCGAGAAGGCCAAGAACGCCGCCGCCGGCAAGGGUACCCAGCGCAUCCAGAGCAAGCAGGGUGCCAAGGGUUCCGCCCCCAAGGUCGCCGCCAAGUCCCGUUAAAUUUCCUAAAUAAAAACGUGAUUUGAAAAAGAAGAAGCGGUUCGGCUUGGGUUGUUAAACUGGGGGAGCACAAGGGAUAUCAUGAAAUCUUGGGAGGUUUUUCCGGAGCUGGAAUUUUACGUUUUCCUUCAAUCAACAAAUUUUCUAUUGAAACCAAAAUGCGAACUUUCCGGCCCAUGAGCGAAAAAAGGCAACAAGAAACGUUUUCUUCUCUCUCCGGUCGAAAGAGUCCGGGGGGAGAGAGUCCCGGUUAAAAUAUACCCCCUUGGCUCUUCCAGAUAGGGUGGUUCUCUCUCUAUCAUGUUGCGCCAUGGUACUUUUUAUAAAACCAUAAAAAUGGAAAAUGGAUGUGAUAUGAUGGC